CGUAUCUGGCCCACUUAUUCUCUGUGCCUGUACGUAACGCGAAACCCAGUGCAGAAUGUUUGGCGGCCCUGCCUGAUAUGGUCACCAAACAUCUCAAUUUAAAGUCACCUGCGGAAUCAUGAACAAACUAAUUUUGCCGGCUACACAUCGUGUAAAUGAAUAAAGGAAAACUCAUAAAAAUUUGACCUAGUUAACGUGUAUUUUCCUUCUGGUCGAACGUUAGGUGUUGUUGAGAUACCUUAGCAAAUAAGACAAAUCCGACUUCGUUUGAUUCCGUAGUAGAUAAUUUUAAUUAACUAAUAAUAAUUCCAGUUGCAGAACCCAAUCAGUUUUCUGAGAGUCUGUCUGUAGUGACUGCAGAUAUCGGUCAGAUGGUUGAACUCUCCUGCGAACUCACGUACAGAGUGGAGGUCGCAAGCAAUGUGUUCUGGUACAAACAGUGUGCGGACGAACCCCCGGUAGCGAUCAAAUCCACGGACUGCCGAAAGACCGGCUGUAAGACCACUCACAAAAAAGGCUCUGGCGAUCGCACAUCAGUGCUGGAACUCCGGGACGUCCAUGUGGAGGAUUCGGGUUCCUACUACUGUUCUAGAAGGGAUUCGCUGCUUGCGAAGGGACCCACACUCCUGGUUGGAGACAGCUCCACCAAUCGGACCUACAUGCUGCUAUUUGUCCCGCCGUCUGAGAAAAACGGUUCGGUUCACCUGGUGUGUCUGGUCGGCGGCCUUUCUUCCAUCCAGAUUGUCAUUUACUGGAACAUAUCCGGACAGAUCACGGAAGGAUGGAGCGAUACCGGCAGGCUUGACCCAGACCAGAGCUAUAGUGUUAGAAGUCAGGUGUCGGUCCCAGUGGAAACCUGGAUGAGCGCCGGAGACUGCACCUGUAUCGCACAACUCGGGGGUGCGGGAAAGGUGAUAAUCAAGAGCGUGUCCCAUAUCACCAUUGAACCAGAUCAAGGCUGGUGUCUUCCCACAGCGAUCCUCCUUGGGAUCCUUGUCUUCCUGGCUAUCCUAAUUAUUAUUCGGAUCUCUAAAGAGCGGAGAUCAGGGACCCAUCGUCAAUUGGCGACGCACCAAGUACACGGCACUGCGGCUCAGUCCCAAGCGCCGAUCGUUUAUGCCUCUCUCGAGUUCGGUGCAUCAGCCUCUCCGCUCAGAUGGGAAGCUGGUUGAAGGAUUAAGAAGAAAUGGACCGAACCUGGGGUCACACUAAAACCACUGAACGAAUCAUCUGACGCUGCUGGAUUGACAAGAUUUGUGCGGGCUCCUUUGAUACAUCAAUAGAAUGUUGGACUAACAUUGAUGUCGCGAUUCUGGCAUAUUCGAAACCUUAAGUGAAGAACUGAGUCUUUUUGCAUAGUUUGCGUAAAUCUCCUCUCAA